AUGGUCACGAUCGUGCUGGGGUCCCAAUGGGGGGACGAAGAAAAGAAGAAGAAGGAGAAGAAGAAGAAGAAGCUGACAGUCGGCGGAUCUACAGGCAAAGGCAAGAUCACGGAUCUGCUCUCGCAAACGGCGGAGCUCUGCUGUCGCUCUGCUGGCGGCCAUAACGCCGGACACACAAUCGUGCACGACGAUAUCACCUACGACUUCCAUAUCCUGCCCUCCGGCCUCAUCUCGCCGACGUGCGUCAACCUGAUCGGCGCCGGGACGGUCGUCCACCUGCCCAGCUUCUUCAAGGAGCUCGCCUCGCUCGACGGCAAGGGGCUGAAGAACGUCCGGGAGCGGGUGUUUAUCAGCGACCGGGCCCAGGUCUGCUUCGAUCUCCAUGCUGUGGUUGACGGGCUGGAAGAAGCCGGGCUCGGUACUCGAAAGGUAGGGACCACAGGCAAGGGAAUUGGGCCAUGCUACAGCGACAAGGCCGCCCGGCGGGGUGUCAGGGUCGGCGACAUCCUGGACGAGGGCGUGCUGGAAUCCAAGCUGAGGAGCCUCGAGGCCGGCUACCGGAGACGGUUUGGAGAGCUGGACUAUAACGUCGAAGAGGAGAUUGCCAAAUUCAAGGAGUACCGGAGUCUUCUGAAACCGCAUGUGGUCGACCAAUUGACACUGCUCAAGAAGUUCGAGGACAAGUCUGCCUCCAUACUCGUCGAGGGCGCCAACGCUCUCAUGCUCGACAUCGACUACGGCACCUACCCCUUCGUGACGUCUUCCUGCACCGGCCUCGGCGGAGCAAUCCAGGGAAUAUGUCUAAACCCGACCUCCAUCAAGUCUAUCGUCGGUGUCGUCAAAGCCUACUGCACCCGCGUGGGCUCCGGACCCUUCCCCACCGAACAGCUCAACGAGAUCGGUGAGAAGCUACAGGUGGCCGGCCGCGAGUUCGGUGUCACUACCGGCCGUAAGAGACGUUGUGGCUGGCUGGACAUGGUCCUGCUGCGCUACAGCGCCAGAAUCAACCACUAUACCGCCCUCAACCUGACCAAGCUGGACAUCCUCGACGACUUUGACGAGAUCAAGGUUGCCGUCGCCUACAAGAUUGAUGGCAAGGAGCUCGAGUCCUUCCCUGCCAGCUCGGAUGCCCUGGAGAAGGUCGAGGUUAUCUACGAGACCCUGCCCGGAUGGAAGUCAAAGACCAUGGGCGUCUCCAGAUGGGAGGAUCUCCCCGCAAAUGCACAGAAAUACGUCGAAUACAUCGAGCGUUCCCUCGGCGGCGUCCCUAUCAAAUGGAUCGGGACUGGCCCGGCCAGAGCGCACAUGAUUGACCGUAACUAG